AUGGGACUCAACUUUCUUUUCCACUUCUUGUUUCUUUAUCGUUAUUCCAGAAACUUGGAAGAAGGAAGCUUUCGAGGAAGAACAGCAGACUUCGUCUUCUUUUUCUUAUUUGGGAUGGGCAUUUUGACUAUCACCGCUUUCUUCGUAAACAUCAUUUUCUUGGGCAAUGCAUUAAAUCUCAUGUUUGCCUAUUUAUGGGCCAGGAGAAAUCCCUACAUUCGAAUGACCUUCUUUGGCGUCAUUAACUUCCAGGCACCUUACCUGCCGUACGUCCUAACUGGCUUCUCCCUUGCGCUUGGUUCGCCCAUCCUCGUCGACGUACUGGGGAUCAUCUGCGGCCAUUUGUAUUAUUACUUGGAAGACGUCUUCCCGAAUGUCGAAGGAGGCUUCAAGAUCCUGCACACUCCUCAGUUCCUGAAAACUCUCUUUGACCCGGCUCCACUGACCGAGGAACCACGCCUAAACGAGCAAGGCGAGGGUCCCGGCGGCUUUGACUGGGGCGAUGAGGAGUAA